AUGGGCCAAUAUUGUGUUAACCAUGCUUUAUUUGGUGGUGGUGUUGGAGGCGGUGUGCAUGGUAGUGUUAUUGAGGAAUUUGGCAAAGGUGGUGGAGUCGGAGGGAGAGUUGGUGGAGGUGGUGCAGGUGAAGGCUUUAGAAGUGGUAAAGGUGACAGUGUAGGAGGAGGAGUUGGUGGAGAUGGCGAUGUUAGUGGAGGCUUUGGAGGUGAUAAAAGUGGUGGUGGUAGAGUGUUUGGAAGUGGCAAAGGUGGCGAGAGAGCUGAAGGUGGCGCAAAACAAGGUGGUGGAUUCGGAGGAGAAGUUGGUGAACAAGAUGGUGGUGGCUUUGGAGGUGAUAAAGCUGCUGGUGGUGGAGUGUUUGGUAGUAGUAAAUGUGGUUUUGGAGGUGGCAAAUAUGGUGGUGGUGGUGGUGGGUUCUUUAGAGGUGAUAGAGGAGGUGCUGGCAAAAGUUUUGGAGGUGGCAAAAGUGUUGGUAAUGGUGGUGGUAGAUUUUUUGGAGGUAGUAGUGGUGCUGGCGAAAAUUUUGAAAGUGGUAAAAGAAGGGGUGGUAGUGGUGGAUUUUUUGGAGGUGAUAAAAGUGCUGGCAAAGAUUUUAGAGGUGGUAAAAGUGGUGGUGAUGGUAGAUUCUUUGAAAGUGGUAGACGUGGUGGUAGUGGAUUCUUUGGAGGUGGCAAAAGCGAUAGUGAAGCUAAAUGUGAUGCAAGUGAAAUGUUGAAGGUGGUAGAAAUGGAGAAGGAGUUGGAGGUGGUGAAGGUGGUAUUGGUGGAGUGUUUGAAGGUAAUAGAGGGGGCCUUCGGGGGAUGUGAGGGCUUUGGAGAUGCUAAUGGUGGAGGCAUGCAAAUUGGGAUAGGAGGGCCAACAAAAGUGUCAAAAUUUCUCAGAGGGAAGGGUAAGAGGAAAGUUGACGGUAUGAGUGUAUCAGUGUAUGACCACUGUGAAGUGGUUGAUGGAUAA